AGCAGAGAAUAUGAAAGCCUAUCUAAAGAGUGCAGAAGGCUAUUUUGUCCUGAAUAAAAGCACUACGAUUGGAAGGCAUGAAAAUUCAGACCUUGUUUUAGAGUCUGCAGACGUCGACAACCAUCACGCACUCAUUGAAUAUAAUGAGGCCGAAAGCAGCUUUGUUCUCCACGACUUCAAUUCCUGCAACGGCACGUUCGUCAAUGAGUGCCACAUUCAGAACGUGGCUGUGAAGCUCCUACCCGGAGACAUUCUGAGGUUUGGGUCCGGAGGGCUGACCUACGAACUGGUCAUCGAAAACCCAGCCUCUGUCUCCUUCCCAUGGGUGAGGGGCCCAGCACCUUGGCCAAGGCCACAGCCACCUUGGGCCACCCAGCAACUGAACCAGUCACCCUCACCACGACAGACCCCCUUCUACCCGGGCAUCUGGCCAGCGCCAGUGCAGAGGAGCUGGUCGCAGGGGUCCCCCGAGCCCCCCAUGGUCCCACCAGCCUCCCACAGGCAGCACGUGAGUGCCAGCGAGAAGAUGUUCUCCUUCGGGGUGGACAGAGCCGCCCACAGCGUUCCCAUCAUCAGGCAAGUGUGGACCAACGCGGCGGAACUGUCCGAAAAAUCAGUGGCCGAGGAAAUUCCUGUGGCAGAGCCCUACAGAGAAAUUUUUGUGGACCAGGACCUGUCCCAGCACGAUAAGGAUGAAAUAAUUCGGCUGCUGGGAAAAGAAGUCAGCCGUCUCUCCGAUUUUGAACUUGAAUCUAAAUACAAAGACACCGUGAUAGCAAGCCUGCAGAGCCAAGUGUCCAACCUGAGGCAGAAGCUGUUGGAAACAGCCGCCUCCAGGCAGAAGGAGAGGGUGAUCCCACCCAAGUUUCAGGCUCUGCAUGAAGAGGACGAUGCCCAACAGAGAGAGAUCCAGAGCUUGAAAAACCAGAUCAGUGCCCUACAGCAAGUCUACAACCAGGUGCUGUGCCAGAUACUGUCUGAGAGAAUCUUAGAAAUCACCUCCCUGAAGCACGAGGCCGAGAACUUAAGGAGGGAGGCCGCCAUCACGUCAGAGAUGGUGUCAUCUUUGCAAAGAGACGUGUUAGUAAAGGAUGGUCAAGUUCAACAACUACAACAGGAGGUGAAUCAACUGAAAAGUGAGAACAAAGAAAAGGAUCACCAGCUCGAAGCCCUCAGCUCCAGGUGCUCAGUGCUGAAAGAAGAGUUACAGAAGGAAGAUGCCCAGAAGGAGAAGUGGGAAGCCCAAGAGAAAGAGUUAAAACUCUGCAAAACCCAAAUCCAGGACAUGGAAAAAGAAAUGAGGAAGCUCAGGGUGGAGCUGAAAAGGAGCAGUACCGAGCAGAGCCUGAUCUCUAUGACGCUGCAGGAAAAGAGCAAGGUUGAAGAGAAGCUUCGGGAGGAUUCCAGAAGGCAAUUGCUUCAGCUGCAAGAAAUGAGGAACAGAGAAAACCUCAUUAAAGCCCAUUUGGAAAGGGUAGUAGGUCAGAUGAAGAUCAACAGUUCUCGGGAAACUCAGCAGUAUUUGCUGCAAGAACAGUUACGGCAGCAUCUGGCAGAGAAGGAGAAGCUGACCAAGGAAAGGCUACAGCAAGAGGAGAAGCUGAAAGCCAGAGUCAAGCGGCUAAUGUCAGAGAAAUCGGAGCAGUCCUUCAGUGAUCUAGGAGCCAAGUGCAAAGGGUCCCGACAUGAGGAAGUCAUUCAGCGUCAGAAAGAGGCUUUAUCUGAGCUUCGUGCACGAAUUAAAGAACUUGAGAAGGCCUGCUUGUCAAAUCACAAGGACCACAUGGAUGGAUCAUUUCUAGACUUAAAGACCUUCGGGAUGGAAAAAAAUGUUCGGAAAAUAUUGGAUGCAAAACCUGACUUGCCAACUUUUUCAAGAGUAGAGACCCGAACGCCUCAAAAUGGCCUUUCCAGCCCAGGGUCCAUCAUGGUCUCUGAGAAGUUAAGGAAAAUGGAUGUGGCUGACGCUUUAGAUCUUAGUGAAAAGCUGUACAUGGACAUGAGCAAAACCCUCGGGACUUUGAUGAACAUCCAAGGUAUGUCAGGUCACGUGUCCAUGAAACACCUCUCCCCAAAAGAGAGGGAGAGUGUCUACCAGCUUCGACAAAUAGACCUGUACCUGGUGUUUGAUAAGAUCACCCUACUUAAGAACCAGCUGCAGAGAAAAGAAGAGCUUUUGAGACGAUACGAGAAGGACAUUGCACAGCUCAAGCAGAGCAAAGUGUCGGUUCAGAUGUACCAGUCACAGGUGGCAAAGCUGAAGGACGGCAUCUCCAAAGAGGCCGAAGGAAAGGCGCUGCUGAAGGAGGCCCUGGUGCACGUGGAAGAGCGGCUGCACCAGGAGAAGAGGGUCACCAGGGCGAUCAGGCAGCAGAAGGUUGGAACCAGAAAAGGCACCCCAAAGAUGGACCAAGUUAGGGAGAUGCUGAAGAGAGAAAUGCCCAGCAAAUCCAGCCAGAGCCUUCUGUUUUCUAAACCUGGUGGAAGGAACUAGAAACGUCGUCCCGCUGGGCCUCGCGUGAUCCUCCGUGAGUCAGUGUAACUCUUCUGCGUCAAACUACUAAGAUGCUUUUUUAGGACAUUAAAGGUUGCUACCCUAGUGUGUUGCUUCCUAGACUGGUAUUUUGCACAAUACUGUAUUUUGGAGUGUGUGAGGAGAGGGGUUCUUUUCACAGAUAUUAUGAAUGUAAACAUAC